AUGAAUCAAGUGAUUCUAUUUUUCCUCGGAUUUAUUGGAGUUUGUGCAGCUUUUCCGUUUUAUGCAAAACGUGAAUCUUUGGCGCCAAGUUUGACUUUGCAAAGAAUCAAUGAAUUGAAAGAUAGUAUCGAUCAAUUGAAUGAUUUCAAAAAAAUCAUGAAAUGUCAGGAAAAAGCAGCAAGAAGAAGAUCGAAGAGAAUGUUGUCGCCGUCGCAAAGAUUGACUGAACUUAUUGAUCCACUUUGUGAGUUUGUAAGGAUUAUUUUCUAUUAGGCCGAGGAGCUGGGCCAAAUGGAAAAAUUUAUUUUAUCUAAGAAAAAUAAAUGCUCCGAUUUUUUAUUGGAUAAUGCAAGUUACCAAACAAAAACCAUAGAUUCCUAAUUUCUUUUGGAAAUAUUUUGAAACAGUGAAUUUUUCAGUCCUCCAAAAGCGCAUGUUAUCACCAUCUCAAAGACUAUCCGAUUUGAUCGAUCCACUUCGUAAGUUGGAAUUUUCAAACUUACAAAAUUUAAAGAUAUAAGUGUUUCGUAUUAAGAUUGCCUCCAUAUCAAUCAGAAAAAAAAACACAUUCAAAAAAUUAAUUUGUGAAACUUUUGAAACAGUCAAUGUUUUCAACAAAACGAAAUAUUUGGCGUAAUCCAAACUAUCCAAUUCAUUUUCAGUCCUUCAAAAGCGAAUGCUUGCACCAUCCCAAAGACUUUCCGAACUCAUUGAUCCACUUUGUAAGUUCCUCUAACUCUCAGUCCCUUUACAAAUCAUACUUUCCAGUCCUCCAAAAACGAAUGUUAUCACCAGCUUAUCGAUUAUCCGAAAUGAUCAAUCCUUUAGUUUUGGGAAAUGGAAGAAAUAAGAGAAUGCUUUCGCCAUCUCAAAGACUUUCUGAUUUGAUCGAUCCAUUAGGUUGGUUGUAAUCAUUUUAAAAAUAAUCACAAAAAUUCUCGGAAUUUCAGCUCUCAACUUACCGGACAAACGAAUGAUUUCACCAUCUGUUCGACUCUCCGAACUUAUUGAUCCACUUUCAGUUACAACACAAAAUACACCAGCAAAACCAGAGAAUGAAAAUCAAGAUGAGGUAGAAGAAGAGGAGGAUGAUGAUCCGUGUAUCGCGUUUUUCAACGGAGAACAACUUAAAUUUUAA